AGCAAGGCUCAUCAACCAAUGAAGUUUAACCAGGAAGUGGAGAGACAGUCGCACGGAAAUUGCGUUCAUCCACUGCCGUACCAACGUGCUCGCGGUAAAGCACCGGAUAGCCAGAGCAGUGUGCAGUCAUGUGGCCUGUGGUUUGGACGGCGUUACGGACCUAUGCCCCUUAUGUCACCUUCCCUGUAGCCUUUGUGGUGGGAGCAGUGGGUUACCACCUGGAGUGGUUUGUCCGGGGCACCCCUAAACCUCGAGAGGAGAAGGGCAUCCUGGAACUACGGGAGGAGAGGAAACUGCAGGAACAAGUGGGUAUGGACAGCACCCAGGUGCUUAGCCUGAAAGAGAAACUGGAGUUCACACCCAGAGCGGCUCUGAACAGGAACCGACCCGAAAAGAGCUAACCCGUGUUGGUGUGAGGGACUCGCAUUCGCCCUUUCUCAGCAGGAGGGCACUGCACAGGGAGCAAAAGGGGGUGAACCAGAGGGCAAAAACACCCAUUCAGCCAUACAUUCUCACUCCUGACCACUCAAAAGCAUCAGCUUUCCAGUGUAAACAUGGGCUACUGUUCAGAAGCCAGAGGGUACUUAUAAAAGACAUAUACUUGGUCUUUUAUCAAGUCAGACAUAGCUUAUGUGUGCUGUAUGUGAUUCUUUGACCUUCCCCUUGAUGUUGCGCAUGCCUGUUCAUGCUGUGAUCGAUAACUAAAGCAAGACGCUACAAUUACAACAUCUUGAAUACGAAACGUACGGGUGUCCAAGCUUCACACUGAUGACAAGGCUGAUGGGAGUCUGUCAUUUUCUGUUUGAUUUAAAUCUAGUUGUGAGUACUAUUACACACAUUUUAUUGUGUGUUUGCUGUUAAAUCAGACAACUGUCAUUUCUUUGUCGUUUCUAUCAUAAAAAUGUUUCAACGUUGCAAGCCUGUCAGAGUGAUUUUCCUUUUAAUCUUUUCUGUAUGUUAAGAAAGGACCUCUGAUUGUGAACACAAAAGCCGGGGGGAGAAAGACAGCCCUUUGUUCUAGUUCUUUUUAUCUCUUGCAACCUUUGAUGGUAUGUGACAAAAUAAGCCAACCGUGUGGGAGGUCUCCUCAGGAAGUUUAAGCUGCUUAGUCCGAUUGUUUGAAACAUCCACCCAAUAUUUUCAUUUUCGAAAGACUUCAUUGUUGUUAAUUAUGUGUAUUACAAACAGAUGUGACGAAUAAAGAAACAUUGUAAGUUGAAA